CCCCGUGUCGAAGAAGGCUCUUAUUGGCUUUUCGGUAACAAUACGUUUGUUUACGAUCAAGUUUGGUGGAAGUUUGAGAUCACUUCUCAUUUACAUGGUGAAUUUUGCAGAUCAGGUUUCUUUUCAUCUCAAGGAUAGUGGGAAGCAUGGCAAGCAACGCUUUAUUUGAUGAGAUUCAAGCACGCAAUGCAGAGUUUAUGAAACGAUGGGCUGACGGUGACAUGGAAAGUCUGUCCAAAUUGUAUGCUGAGGAUUGCAAGUUAAUGCCAACUGGAUGUGACACUCUUGUUGGGAGACAAGCUGUUGUGGAUACUUUCAGCAAAGAAUUUCAAUCAGGCUUUGUCAAAGUCAUUCUUCAGACCUCUGAAGUUGGUGGAUGUGCUGAUGAUAAGUCAUGUGCUUAUGAACCAGGUCAUUACACAUUUCUUGACAAGGAUGGCAAGCAGCUAGAUUAUGGGAAAUAUGUUGUCAUCUGGAAAAGAGUUGAUGGAGAAUUGAAGCUUUAUGUUGAUAUGUUCAAUUCAAAUUCAGCAUGAAAUUCAUUGUUGAGAAACUGUUUAUGGGAGCAUUGCAGAGGUAUUAAACUGAAUGAUCUUCUUUUUGUUUUUAAUAUUUGUGCAUGAUGAAGAAGAGAAGGACA